GCCCUGGACGCUACACCGCUUGCAGAGUGUUGUUCGGUUGCUGCGUUGUCAUCUCCAAUUGUCUGGCGAUCUUCGAACUGAGGGCAGUCUGAGUUCUGUUGAGAAAUCCAUUCCGCAUAACUAUCAGUGGGUUCUACAAAGGACAGCAAGAAUUUCCAAACCACUUCCAUAGCGCUUUCCGUCGCUGCCCACAAUGGCCCCCGCAGUGGGAAAGUCCUAUGUGGGGUCGCCAGCGGGCAACAUGCCCGUCACCGACGCCUUCUCAUUCGCCUUUAGCCAACCCUUUCAGAGAGCCAGCGAUUUUGUGCCCCGCGAACACGCGCUGCCGCCGAUCGAAGAGCAGCGGCCCAUCUUUGUCGACAACAAGUCGGACCGCGCGCUCACCUUCGGCCAGAUCUCGCAGGAUGCGCUCGCCGUGGCCGCCGGGCUGCGGCGCCUGGGCCUCGACCCGAACGAUAUCGUCAAGCUGCCGCCGACGCCGUCAUGCCCCGCGGGCCCCGAGAUUGCCCCCGUCGUGCUGAUCCAGUUGCCCAACUGCCUGCCUUUCGCUCCGAUCCUGUUCGGCACCCUCGCGUCGGGCAUGACGGCCACCCUCGUCUCGCCCGCCCUGACCGCCGCUGAGAUCGCAUGGAUCCUGCAGAACGCCCGCCCGCGCGCCAUCAUCACCGCCACCGCCUGCCUCGCUGCCAUGAAAGAGGCCCUCUCCAAACAGGCCGAAGCCUCCUUCUUCUCCACCGUUCCCAUCUUCACCGUCGACACCGCCGCUGACACCUACCCCGAAGCACGACCAGCGCCGCCGCCGCCCUCCGACUGGCGCGCCCUCCCCUCCCCGAAACCCCCUUCGGUCUAUUUCUAUUCCCCAACCUUCCCAGCCUCCAGCGCCCCGGCCCGCACCGCCGUGAUCCUCUGGUCCUCGGGCACAUCAGGCCGCUCCAAGGGCGUGCUGCUCUCGCACCACGCCCUCAACUUCUCUCUGGCCUCGCUCUGGCACGACGCCGACUACUACGGCGCCCGGCCGCAGCGGCAGGUCUGGCUCGGCUACGUGCCCUUCUAUCACGUCUUUGGGCUGUGCAACGUCUUCUUACUGGCCGUCGCCGCGGGUGCCACGGUGUACACGAUGCCGAGCUUCCACCUCGAGACGGUGCUGCGCGCCAUCCGCGACCGCGGCGUCACGUACCUGCACAUGGCGCCGCCCGUCGCCGUCAUGCUGGCCAAGGCGGCCAUCGUCGAGCCCUACGCCCGCGGCGGCGGCUUCCGCACCGUCGUCGCCGGCGUCACGGGCGGCGCCCCGCUCGGGCACGAGGUCGUCGAGGAGGUCUACCGGCGGUGCGGCUUCCGCGUCCGGCUGGGCUACGGCCUGAGCGAGACGUGCAGCACCGCGCUGCAGCGGGGCGUCGGCGAGCGCGAGAUGCGCGAGCAGGCCGGCGACACGGGGCGGCCCCACUGGGGGGUCGAGGUGCUCAUUGCUGGCAGCGGCGAGGGUGCGUACGCGAGGCGGCCGGGCGAGAAGACGGCCGCCGCCCCGGUGGACGUGGAGGGGGAGGUGCUGGUGCGGGCGCCCGGGCUGCUGUCGGCGUACCUGCCCGUCGGCGUCUUCUCCUCCUCCGGCGGGACGGCCAAGCCGGACAUGUCGGCGACGGAGGACGCCCUGACGGCCGACGGGUGGUUCCGGACAGGCGACGUGGGCGCGCUCGGUCCCCACGGCCGGCUGCGCAUCACGGACCGGCUCAAGGAGCUUAUCAAGGUGCGCGCGUACCAGGUGGCGCCGGCCGAGCUCGAGGCGGUGCUGUGCAGCAGCGGGGCCGUCGCCGACGCCGGCGUCAUCGGCGUCUACGACGAGAGCGAGGCGACCGAGUGGCCGCGCGCCUUCGUGGUGCCCCGCGCCGGCCGCGAGAACAUGUCGCGUGCCGACCUGGAGAAGCUGGCUGGCGAGCUCAAGGUGCUAGUCGAGAAGCGGACAGCAAAGUACAAGUGGCUUGUCGGCGGCAUCGUCUUUGUCGACCAAAUUCCCAAGAGCCCGAGCGGCAAGAUCCUGAGGCGGGUGCUGAAGAACGGCGGACCCGAGACCAAGGGGGUCGAGGUGAAGCUGUACGAGAAGAAGAAGCGGGAUUCCAAGCUGUAAUUAAGGCGAGAGAGGACGUGGGGAUGCAUGUAGUUAUUUACCUUGGGCACCUUUGUCUCGGAAUGAAAGAAAUGAAAAUCUCGAAACAUGUAGGUUUCAAAUGUAAUUACACAUGGAUACACGUCUUGUUACAUUGUCUCCUUC